AUGAAUGCACCUUUGUUAAGCAACGGGCGUGAAAGUUCUUCUACUGGAAAUCCAUUACAAAAUGCGAUUCGUGAUUGUAAGGUAGUUUUUAAAUCCUCUCCAAUUAAUUAUAUGCUAGUAUUUCUACCGUUGGGGUUGAUUUUUGGAUAUGGAAAGUUAUCUACUACAUGGGUGUUCGUGCUUAACUUUCUUGCAAUUAUUCCCUUGGCAGGCAUAUUGGCAUAUGCUACAGAAGAACUCUCUGCUAAAACUGGGAACACCAUAGGUGGACUUUUGAAUGCUACUUUAGGUAAUGCAGUUGAACUAAUUGUUUCUAUAAUUGCCUUAAAGCGUGGACAGGUUCGUAUUGUCCAGGCAUCUAUGCUAGGCUCUUUACUAUCGAAUUUAUUGUUAGUGCUAGGUUUCUGCUUUCUAUUUGGUGGUCUAGGCAGGACUCAGCAGAAGUUCAACCAGACCGCAGCCCAGACGAUGAGUUCAUUAUUGACUAUCUCUUGUGCAUCGUUACUCAUUCCGGCCGCAUUUAAAGCGACAAUAAGUGACGACACCAAUGAAAUGGCAGCAUUGAUAAAUGAUAAACUAUUAAAGCUUUCUAGGGGUACCUCGAUGAUGCUUUUAUUGGUGUACGUUUUGUUUUUGUACUUCCAACUCUACACUCAUCAUCCACUUUUCGAAGAGCAGGAAGUAGUGGAGGAAAGAAUAGAUAGGGAUAGUCAAAAGCUAACCGCGAAAUCGUCAUUCAUCUUCCUUGUAGUAUCCACAAUCCUCAUCUCAAUCAGCGCGGAUUUCUUAGUGGGUACAAUUGACGAUAUAGUCGCUACGUCAGGGCUAUCUAAAACAUUUAUCGGGUUAAUUGUUAUCCCCAUCAUAGGAAAUGCCGCUGAGCAUGUUACGAGUGUUAUCGUAGCUACUAAAGACAAUAUGUCCUUGGCAUUGACGGUUGCUAUUGGAUCUUCUCUACAAAUAUCACUUUUUGUUACACCAUUCAUGGUGUUAACGGGGUGGCUGAUAGGCGUCCCAAUGACAUUAAAUUUCUCAACCUUCGAAACUACUACCCUCUUUAUAAGUGUGUUUUUAUCCAACUACUUGAUAUUAGACGGCGAAUCCAACUGGCUAGAAGGUGUUAUGUCUCUAACUAUGUAUGCUUUGAUCUCCCUAGCAUUCUUCUACUAUCCAGAUGAACAGCCUGUCGUCCAUAUCAUCAAAACAGUGUCGACCUAA